AUGAAACUUCUAUUCCUUGUUAUAGUAAUUCUUUGUGGCGUACAGUAUUCUGUACAAGAACCCCUAGAAGGAGAUGACACAUCGAUCAUGGAUUGUGUUAUGAAUGCAGCAGAUGAACUAGGAUUAGACAGAAUUCAAGGUGGUGCUGAAUGGUUAAUUGAAUUGAGAUUUACAGUUGAAGAUCUUGUCAAUGGACGUAGAAGAUGUCAAGAAAUGACAAACGAUCGUCUUCGAGAUGCUUGCAUGAUUACAUGGAGAGCUCAAGUAUUGAUUGAAGCUGCUCGUUUGGCUAGUGACUUGAGAACAAUCACCAAUGAUGAAGAUGCUCAGCAAUUUUAUAAUGAUUUCCUUGCUUGUUUCGGUGUUGAGCCAUCACCUGAUGACCCACCAUAUCCACCUGUUGAAUAAUUUCAUUUUUUGAGCAAUAAAAUGUGACUU